GAAAAAUAAAGGAAAAGACAAAAUCAACUUGAAGAAAUCAUCUACUACAAUUAAUUCAGGUUUGAAUUUUGAUCCUUUUAUUUCUUCGUCUAAUUUUAUUCAUGAUUUUAGUUGAAUUUUCACUUUGGUUUUAAUUGUUGAAAAUUAGGCGGCGGGAUGUUACGGGGUUUGAUUUGAUUUGAUGAAUUGAGAGGGCGGUCACCGGUUAGUCGAUUGGUGGGAAAAUUGUAACGCGUGGAAGCAGGUGGUUGGUAGGUAGGCGGUGAAGUGAACGAAGAUGCCGGAGGAGGAUUUGGUGGAUGUAAAAUUCAGGCUUUAUGACGGGUCUGAUAUCGGGCCGUUUCGGUACUCCGCCACAUCCACAGUGGAUAUGCUUAAGCAAAGAAUUGUCUCUGAUUGGCCCAAAGGUAAGACAGUUAUUCCAAAGGCAGUGAAUGAAGUCAAACUGAUAAGCUCUGGUAAAAUUUUGGAGAACGACAAGACUGUUGGUCAAUGUAAAGUACCCUUUGCCGAUGCUACAGGCGGGGUUAUCAUAAUGCAUGUUGUAGUUCAGCCAUCGCUUGCAAAAACUAAAACAGAAAAGAAGGUUGAUGAUUCACCCAGAAAGAUUGUAUGCUCCUGUUCCAUUUUAUAAAACCAAACAUGUAGAGUUGGAACUUCGUUUGUGCUGGUAACGAUGUUUAAACCGCCUUUGAGAAUCCGGUGUGUUUUCGUUGCAAAGUCCAUAUUUUUCCAAGCUCUUAACAGAGUGCUGAAGAUGUGCAUUUUUCUUUACUUUCGGUUACUUUAAUUCUAUUUAUGAUUGUUUCCAAAUACUUGCUUGAAUCGUUUGUAAAGUUGUAUAGGCUACUCCAUGUAAACACAAUCUGCGCACCAAAUUGCAAGGAGAAAUGCCUUCGUAUAAAUGCUUUCAGUUACUAACAGUUUGUUUAAAUGCUACCUCCUACUAUCUCUGU